AUGUUGCUUAACACAACUCCCAACUCCCAAGCUGCCAGCAAUCCAUCCAAUCCACCAACAACCUGCAAAGUUGCAAGUCACGAGCCCGAUGCACUGUGGACACACGCAUCUCCGGCCACGCGCAGACCCACGAGACGCUACCGCCCGAUGCCGCCACGACGGCGCGCCGGCCUUGCUCUCCUCGCCCACCUGUGCGUGUCGCUCGCUUCCGCGGCGUCCUACAGCGUCGUCGACUACGGCGCCGUGGCCGACGGCCGGACGGACUGCGCGGGGGCGUUCCUCCGCGCGUGGGCCGCGGCGUGCGGUGCGGAAGGCGAGGGCCCGUCCGCGGUGGUCGUGCCGGCAGGCGAGUUCUUGGUUUCCAGGGCGAGGUUCAGCGGGCCGUGCCGGAGAGGCGCGGUGGCCGUGAACAUCAUGGGCACGGUGCUCGCGCCCGUGCCGUACGCCGGCGUGCAGCUCUGGAUCGUGUUCCAGAACGUGGACGGGGUGUCCGUCGUCGGCGGCACGCUCGACGGCAGGGGCCAGGCCUACUGGGCGUGCCGGAGAGCCGGCGGCGACUCCUCUUGCCCCGCCGCCACCAGGUCGUUCACGAUCUACCGGUCGAGGAACGUGGUGAUCCAAGGCCUGACGUCCCUGAACAGCGCGGGCAUCCACGUCACCGUCCAGGCGAGCACCGGCGUGGCGAUAGUGGACACGGUGGUGUCGGCGCCGGGGAACAGCCCCAACACGGACGGCAUCCACGUCAAGCAGUCAAGCGGCGUCACCAUCCGGAACGCUGUCAUCGGCACCGGCGACGACUGCAUCUCCAUGGUCGAGGGCUCGUCGGACGUGUGGAUUCAGGGCGUCACUUGCGGCCCGGGGCACGGCAUCAGUAUUGGGAGCCUGGGAGACACGCCGGAGCAGGUGGCCGUGCGGAACAUCACCGUGAAGGCCGUGACGCUCGCCGGGACGACCAACGGGCUGCGGAUCAAGUCGUGGGCGAAGGCCAACAGCGGGCUCGUCGACGGCGUCGCUUUCUCGGACGUGGUCAUGAGGGACGUCCGGAACCCGAUCAUCGUCGACCAGAACUACUGCCCCGGCAACAUCAGCUGCCCCACCGAGGGUUCGGGAAUCAAGAUCACCAACGUGUCAUACACGAACGUCGAGGGGACGUCGGCCACGCCGGUGGCGGUGCGGUUCGACUGCAGCCCGAGCCGGCCGUGCACCGGAAUCACCACGCGUAACGUUUGGCUGGGGUACGGGGAAAGGCGGCGAGCGGCCGAGUCCCUCUGCAGGAACGCGCAUGGGGUCGCGCAUGGGCAGGUUGUUCCGCCGAGUUGCCUGGCCGACUGGGAAAUGUUUUUGUACAAGUGA